CGUGGGAAGACACUCACGCUACGAUUGGUUGGGGUGUAAAGGGGGCGGGGCCGAUGCCCCUGAGAGGUUCCGUGCCCCUGGUCCAGCCGCUUGUUUGGCUGCUGCCGUCACCUCAUGGCGACUCCGCUUGAGGAGGCAACGCGGGGAAGAGGCGGCGGUACUGAGGAGGCUAUUGAGGGCGGACGGGGCGGACGGCGACGCAGCCCCCGGCAGAAGUGUGAAAUUGGCACAAUGGAAGAAGCUAGAAUUUGUGGGUUAGGAGUAAAAGCAGACAUGGUAUGUAAUUCUCAAGCAAAUGAUAUUCUUCAACAUCAAGACUCCAGUUGUGGUGGCACAACUAAGAAGCAUUCACUGGAUGGGGAUGAAGGCAGUGACUUUAUAACAAACAGAAAUUUGGUGAGCUCAGUAUUCUGUACACAGGAGACAAGAGAAGAAAUUCCUGGACGAGAAGCUCGAACAGGUCCUCCUGAUGGCCAGCAAGAUUCAGAGUGUAGCAGGAACAAAGAGAAGACCUUAGGAAAAGAAGUUUUAUUACUGAUGCAAGCGUUAAACACCCUUUCAACCCCAGAGGAGAAGCUGGCAGCUCUCUGUAAGAAAUAUGCUGAUCUCCUGGAGGAAAGCAGGAAUGUUCAGAAACAAAUGAAGAUUCUGCAGAAGAAGCAAGCCCAGAUCGUGAAAGAGAAAGUUCACCUUCAGAGUGAACACAGCAAGGCCAUCUUGGCAAGAAGCAAACUGGAGUCUCUUUGCAGAGAACUUCAGCGUCAUAAUAAGACCUUAAAGGAGGAAAAUAUACAGCAGGCACGAGAGGAGGAAGAACGACGUAAAGAAGCAACAGCACAUUUCCAGUUAACUCUAAAUGAAAUCCAAGCUCAGUUGGAAGAACAUGACAUACACAAUGCCAAACUGCGACAGGAGAACAUUGAACUGGGAGAGAAGCUGAAGAAGCUUAUUGAGCAGUAUGCGCUAAGGGAAGAGCAUAUUGAUAAAGUAUUCAAACACAAGGAAUUGCAACAACAGCUUGUGGAUGCCAAACUUCAGCAAACAACACAGCUGAUAAAAGAAGCUGAUGAAAAACAUCAGAGAGAGAGAGAGUUUUUAUUAAAAGAAGCAACAGAAUCCAGGCACAAAUAUGAACAAAUGAAACAGCAAGAAGUACAACUAAAACAGCAGCUUUCUCUUUAUAUGGAUAAAUUUGAAGAAUUCCAGACUACUAUGGCAAAAAGCAAUGAACUUUUUACAACCUUCAGGCAGGAAAUGGAAAAGAUGACAAAGAAAAUUAAAAAACUGGAAAAAGAAACAAUAGUAUGGCGUACCAAAUGGGAAAACAAUAAUAAAGCACUUCUACAGAUGGCCGAAGAGAAAACUGUCCGUGAUAAAGAGUACAAGGCCUUUCAAAUAAAACUGGAACGGUUAGAGAAGCUGUGCAGGGCUCUUCAGACAGAGAGAAAUGAGCUCAACGAGAAGGUCGAAGUCCUGAAAGAGCAGGUCUCUAUCAAAGCAGCAGAUGGGGACUUGGUGUCACCUGCAAAGCAGCCCAGUGCGGUCCCGGAUUCCUUCAAAGAGAUGAACACUUCAAGAGCCCUGGGAAUGCACUUGGAGGCUAGGGCCAAGGCUAAGUCAGUGAGUGAGAGAAGUGCUGCACAAAAGCCCUCCUCUUCAGGUUCUGCUGCUCAAGGCAUUGAGUCUGUUGACUAGGGUGAAGUAUGAUCACUGUAUUGAGAGAUAUAUUUUGUGUAUAACUUCCUCUGUUAGUAGUAACUAUUGGUUUUGUGGUGAAAAUUUUCUUACUUUUUCUACCAUAUCUGUAUUUUCUUAGAACUACUGGACUUAUGUGGUACAGGAGGCUGCUUAGCAGUUGGAAUAGUUUUACUCUAUAAAUUGCCCUCAACUAAGUUGCACAUCUGCCUCAUUUUCCCCCUUUGUUGGAGUGCAUGCCUUCAAUGCUUUGUUCUCUCUUUCUGCUCCCUGCACAUAAUUUUCCUAAAUAUCAUUUAAAACAAGGCCAUGAGAGAAACUAUAUUCUCCUUGAUGUGAAAACAAUUUUAAGUAUCUUGGCCCAUUAAUAUUAGUCAAAGGAAAAUCCCUUUAAUAACUCAUUUAAAUACAGGAGAACUGGUCAGAAACAAGUUUAGCAUUUUUCAGCUAAAAAGCAUAAAUCCCCUUUUCUUGAUUCACUUGACAAACUGAAAUGACCACAUAACCUUAAGUUCUAACAAAACAUGCUACUUGUAAACUAGUCCUAUUAUGCUGAUUUAAGGGCAGAAUUAUAACAUGAAAUUUGGACUACUUGAUGGUGGUUAAUUCUCCAUUUCCCACAAAAAGAUGACUAUUUUUUUCUCAGUGCUUUGUGACUUCCCCACCAUACAGUUUGGCUGUGUAAAAGUUGGGUGUUAAUUUGCUUUAACUCGCCAAGUAGGGUCUGUACAUGCAGCUCAGCACUUGCCUAUCUUAAGAGGCCCUGCGAUGACAAGUUCCAUCAGCAAAGAACACUAGAGAUGGGCACUAAUUAGUUUUCAAAGUAAAAAUACUGGAAGAGCAUUUUUUUUUACUCUCGGGAAAACUUGACAGAUUGUUUACAUAGUCAAAAAGAUGUCUAGCUUUCUGGUCUAUUUCUCCUUUCUUUGAUGCUAUCACUUAAAACAAAAACCAGUAUUAUUAAUGUUUCUAUACUUUGAAUUGGCAUUUAAGAAGUCUUAGUUAUGGCUAAGCCAUGCAAAUUAAGUCUUUGGUAUAUAUCUCUGGUAUAAUUUACGUGGAAACACUUUACAUUUUUUUUAAAGGUUCAAGCAAAGCUGAUGCACCAUAUUCUACUGAGCAAAACUAUUAGACUGAUACUUGUUGUAUUGGCUACUGGACUGAAUUAAAUUCCAUUUCUCUUCUAAAUAUUUUAUUUGUAAACUCCUGGUACAUGUUAUGGUCAAAACUGGGUUCAAAGAAUUGAAAAAUAGAGAAGUAUAUCUUUAAACUUUUAUCAUUGGUCAUGUUAAUCAAGGGGUCAGAAGUGGAGGAAGAUAAAUUCAUAAAGUAGGUUGUAAUCUAUUACUGUCAAAGUGAAGUCAGAAACAAAAAAACAUACCUUUAAUAGCCUCUAUAAAUACCCUCCCGCCUUCAACUACUAAAUGAAAUACUAGACUCAUUUCCCAUGAACGUGUAUCAGAAAUAUAAUCUACAUUGAAAUUAAUACUAAUGAUCACAUUUCAUAAGUCUGCUGGAUACACAGCUCUUAACAUUUUAUUAAGCCAUGUGUGUAGCCUGCCACAUUUUUUUUUGUGGUGCUUGUCCUGUGUGGAAGAUUGUAAAUCUUCGACCUGUUGCAUAUUUUCAAGGGCUUUAUAAAGCAAUGUGAUUAACAGUCCUGGCCUGCUGCUUUCAGCUUACAUGCAUUUUUAGCUAGAUCUUUAAAGGAUAGGGAUUCUGUAUGAGAUGCAUGCAGAAUCUCUCCUCCCAUUACCCUGUGAAUAAAAACAGAUAGGACCUCAGAGAAGGAUACCCUCCCCUAAAGUGAUCACCUCACCAGCCCAGUGUUGUGGCUUUGUAGCACGCCCUGUAUCUACCGUAUUCUAGAACACUGUAAUGCUAUGCUGGCUCAGAAAAGGUUUAAAUGUUAAAUUCACUUACUGCAUAUGGUGCACUACCAUGCAAUGUUGAUGUAUAUUUUUAGUGGCAGUAGACCCCAAAAUGUAGCGAAAACUUGGGUCUUCAGUAUCAGGCCAUUUCAUCCUCAGACUUGUAGUACAUCUGGUCUCAAGACCUGUAUUUUUUAGUUAUGUAUGCAACUGCCUUUAUUACACACCUGGUUAUCACAAUUCAAUUCUCAGGUGUUGCAGGAAAAAAAAUCUACCUCUUUCAGACUGUAGAUGGAAAUAACUGUGAAAAAAUGAUGCAGAUAUCUUCUAGUUUGUGCUAAACACACUGCUUUAUUUUUACAGCCCACGUCUUUCAUGAGGAUAUGAAUUGUUAAGAGGCAGUCUUGUUUUGCUUUUCAGAGACAUUUUGUAGAGAUUUUUCACUAACGUGAAUCUGAUUUUAUCUACUCAAUUCUGUAGAAAUUAAGUAAAUAUGUAUGAUGAAUUUAACAGCUUCUGUGUAUUCUUUGGUUGCCCAUGUGGCCUUAAUUGCGCACAAAUCCUAUCUUUCUACCCAAUAAAGGAGAUAGGGGAGCAUGCACACCCACCCCUUCCCCAUCUUCUAAAAGAACAAAACAAACUUUAUUUUAAAACUUUAUUUCUGCAAAGCCAAUCAAGAAGUGUUGGAAGGAAAAAGUGUAAAAGUU